CAACCCACCCUCAUCUUCAGACACAAGAUGGAAAGACAGAGCAGAGACAGUGAUCAUCGGAGGCGGCUGCGUGGGUGUGAGCCUGGCUUAUCACCUAGCCAAAGCGGGGAUGAAGGACGUGGUCCUCCUGGAGAAGUCGGAGCUCACUGCUGGAUCUACCUGGCACGCAGCAGGUCUAACAACUUACUUUCAUCCUGGAAUCAACUUGAAGAAAAUACACUAUGACAGCAUCAAACUUUACGAGAAACUGGAAGAAGAAACUGGACAGGUGGUGGGAUUCCAUCAGCCCGGUAGCAUCAGAAUUGCAACAACUCCUGUAAGGGUAGAUGAAUUUAAAUAUCAAAUGACUCGGACUCACUGGCAUGCAACAGAACAGUAUAUUAUUGGGCCUGAAAAAAUUCAAGAGAUGUUCCCUUUACUCAACAUGAACAAGAUUUUAGCUGGACUGUAUAAUCCUGGAGAUGGUCACAUCGAUCCUUACUCUCUAACGAUGGCCCUGGCUGCUGGGGCUAGGAAAUACGGUGCCCUUUUGAAAUACCCCGCACCGGUGACUUCUCUGAAACCCAGGGCAGAUGGGGCGUGGGAUGUUGAAACACCACAGGGAUCUGUGAGAGCAAAUAGAGUUGUGAAUGCUGCAGGAUUUUGGGCCCGUGAAGUGGGUAAGAUGGUGGGACUGGAACACCCUCUCCUUCCCGUCCAGCAUCAGUACGUCGUUACUUCCACCAUCCCUGAAGUGAAGGCUUUGGAGCGAGAGCUCCCUGUGCUCCGUGACCUGGAGGGCUCGUACUACCUCCGACAGGAACGGGACGGGCUCUUGUUUGGUCCGUAUGAGAGUCAGGAGAAAAUGAAGGUUCAGGACUCAUGGGUCACCAGUGGCGUCCCUCCAGGGUUUGGAAAGGAGCUCUUUGAGUCCGACCUGGACCGGAUCAUGGAGCAUGUCGAAGCUGCCAUGGAAAUGGUCCCGGUCUUGAAGAAGGCGGACAUCAUCAAUAUCGUCAAUGGCCCUAUCACGUAUUCUCCUGACAUCCUGCCUAUGGUGGGUCCCCAUCAGGGGCUCAGAAACUACUGGGUGGCCAUAGGCUUUGGAUACGGCAUAAUCCACGCUGGCGGGGUAGGGAAAUACCUCAGUGACUGGAUCCUGCACGGAGAGCCUCCUUUUGACCUGAUAGAAUUGGAUCCCAAUCGCUAUGGGAAAUGGACGACCACUCAGUACACUGAGGCCAAAGCCAGGGAGUCAUACGGAUUCAACAAUAUUGUUGGGUACCCCAAAGAAGAGCGGUUUGCCGGGAGGCCGACUCAGCGAGUCAGUGGGCUUUACAAGACCCUGGAGUCGAAAUGUUCCAUGGGCUUCCACGCGGGCUGGGAGCAGCCGCACUGGUUCCACAGGCCCGGCCAGGACCCGGGCUACAGGCCAAGUUUUCGCCGCACAAACUGGUUUGAGCCAGUGGGCUCUGAGUAUAAACAAGUUAUGCAAAGAGUAGGGGUGAUUGACCUGUCACCAUUUGGCAAGUUUAACAUCAAAGGCCAAGAUUCUAUUAGACUGUUGGACCAUCUCUUUGCAAAUGUCAUCCCAAAGGUGGGUUUUACAAACAUAAGUCACAUGUUGACACCGAAAGGUCGAGUAUAUGCUGAGUUGACUGUUUCUCACCAGUCUCCUGGGGAGUUUCUGUUAAUAACUGGAUCUGGAUCAGAACUUCACGAUCUUAGAUGGAUUGAAGAAGAGGCAGCCAGAGGUGGAUAUGAUGUUGAAAUUAAAAACAUAACCGAUGAGCUGGGAGUCCUUGGAGUUGCGGGGCCACAUGCAAGAAAGGUCCUUCAGAAACUGACCUCUGAAGAUCUUAGUGAUGAUGCCUUCAAGUUUCUUCAAACCAAGUCCUUAAAGGUUUCCAACAUUCCUGUCACUGCUAUUAGGAUAUCCUAUACUGGUGAGCUGGGCUGGGAGCUGUACCACAGACGAGAAGAUUCUGCCGCACUCUACGAGGCCAUCAUGGGUGCAGGCCAGGAGGAGGGGAUCGACAACUUCGGAACAUACGCCAUGAAUGUCUUAAGGCUGGAGAAAGCGUUCAGAGCCUGGGGGUCGGAGAUGAACUGUGAUACAAAUCCCUUGGAAGCUGGACUGGAAUAUUUUGUAAAGCUAAACAAGAUCCGCACAGGUUUACAGCACCAAAUAAUCUGGGCCUGUCAGCCCAGCUGCGUUCCUCUGGAUGAAAAACUCCUGCCCCAGCUCCUGAAAGAAGCGGGCUACGCUACGCACAUGGUCGGGAAAUGGCACCUGGGAAUGUACCGGAAAGAAUGCCUUCCAACCCGCCGAGGAUUUGAUACCUACUUUGGAUAUCUCCUAGGUAGUGAAGACUACUAUUCCCAUGAGCGCUGUGCGUUUAUCAAAGCUCUGAAUGUCACACGAUGUGCUCUUGAUUUUCGAGAUGGCGAGGAAGUUGCAACAGGAUAUGAAAAUAUGUACUCAACAAACAUAUUUACCCAAAGGGCUAUAGCUCUUAUAACUAACCACCCACCAGAGAAGCCUCUAUUUCUCUACCUCGCUCUCCAGUCUGUCCACGAGCCCCUUCAGGUCCCCGAGGAAUACCUGAAACCGUAUGACUUUAUCCAAGAUAAGAACCGGCAUCACUAUGCAGGGAUGGUGUCCCUCAUGGAUGAAGCAGUGGGAAAUGUCACUGCAGCCUUAAAAAGCCAUGGGCUCUGGAACAACACAGUGUUCAUCUUCUCCACAGAUAACGGCGGGCAGACUUUGGCCGGGGGCAAUAACUGGCCCCUUCGAGGAAGAAAGUGGAGCCUGUGGGAAGGAGGCGUUCGCGGGGUGGGCUUCGUGGCCAGCCCCUUACUGAAGCAGAAGGGUGUGAAGAACCGGGAGCUCAUCCACAUUUCCGACUGGUUGCCAACGCUGGUGAAGCUGGCCGGGGGCAGCACGAAUGGUACCAAACCUCUGGACGGCUUCGACGUGUGGAAAACCAUCAGUGAAGGAAGCCCAUCCCCCAGAGUGGAGCUGCUGCAUAACAUCGACCCAGACUUUGUGGACAUUUCUCCAUGUCUUGGGAACAGCACGGCUCCAGCAAAGGGUGACUCUUCUUUUCCAGAAUAUUCAGCCUUCAACACAUCUGUCCAUGCUGCAAUUCGAUACAAAAACUGGAAACUCCUCACGGGCUACCCAGGCUGUGGUCACUGGUUCCCUCCACCGUCUCAAUACAAUGUUUCUGAGAUACCCUCACCGGAUCCACCGACCAAGACCCUCUGGCUCUUCGAUAUUGAUCGAGACCCAGAAGAAAGACAUGACCUAUCCGGAGUGUAUCCCCAUGUGGUCAAGCAGCUCCUUUCCCGGCUGCAGUUCUAUCACAAACACUCGGUGCCCGUGUACUACCCGGACCAGGACCCCCGCUGUGACCCCAAGGGCACUGGGGUUUGGGGCCCUUGGAUGUAGGAUUUGGGACAGCCUUGGGGUGGGGGCUAGAAAACCUUCCUGUUGCAAGUUGGACUUCAGCUCUUGACUCGUGUGACUCUCAUCUCAUUUGAUCUCCCAACCUGGGUUCACCUGGCCCUUCUCUUGCCCGUAAACCACAUCGACAUGUCUCAUUUCAACCCCUCGUGCAUUUAAGAAGCUGAUAAAAUCUGGAACCCUCCCGCUGCUGGCCGGGGCGUGCGUCUGGAGGAGAGGGUGAUUGGGUUCAUCCCCUUUUUCCGGAGCUGUGGGACAGCUGGGAGCUUGAUUUGAAAUAGGAAGUUACUGAGUCCUGGAGGCCGGAGCAGCUGGCUCCUUUUGCCUCACAAGUCAGAUGUUAGGUUUCCCUCUGCCAAUAGCCAGCUUUUAUUGGAGUGACUCACAUUUCUUAUAACAAAUGAAGGGCGCAGACAAUUGUUAAUGGUCCUGUUGGCCAGGGGAUCUCCCUGUCUGUGAGGGAUCAUGUCCAGGCAUUCCGCGUGAGUACCCGCGUGGUCACCCCUCACUCGCUCACCUCAUCACUCAUCCCGUCAUGGAGCAUAAGGCCCAUUUCACUGCUAAGGUCACUAUGGCAGUAUGCCUACUCCUUGGUUCUGGUUUUUACAAUAAAGAACUGUGUUUUUAUCCCCAAGUUUUCCCCCAGCCAUUGCUCAUUUUGUCUAGACUUCCUGCUACCCCCAGCUCCCCUGUGGCUUUUUCCCUCCCCUUCCUUUUGACUCAGGCGUCCUGUGCCUGGGAAGGCGGCUCUGCUUCACGCUGAGCACCACUGGGUUUUGGAGCACUGAGCCCUGCCUUCCUUUUGCCCCCAACACCCAAGUGAGGGCCCUGCCCAGAGAAGGCGGGCGGCCUGGCUCUGUGAGCACCCUCAUGGUAGACAGGAAGAGGCCUGGGCAGGCGAGGCUUGGGUCUGUGUAUCUGUCUGGUGAGGAUUUUCCAAGUUACAUGGAGUUUAUUAUCAUGCUUGUGGCUUUGGCUCAUGACAUACUAAGAGUUGCAUGGCUCUUCCCAGCAGUGAGGAAAAGCCCCAGGAAAGGUACUGUUGUUCUGAGAUGAUGGAGGUGGAGAGUCUGAAAAAGGAAAUGGCCAGCAUCCGGGACACUGGGCCUUGGUAAAAUCAGGAGGGCACAUCCACUUUUCUCUUGUUCUCCCAGCUUUACUGCUUUUAUUGAGGUUCUGGGGUGGGGGACAGAGGAUGCACAGUGUGACCUGCCAGCCCUUUAUCAGUCCCACGAAUGUCCCACUGACAUGGAUCGGUCCAGAUUAGCCCCAAAGAGUAACAAGACUCAGAGAAAUGUGUGCGAAAGCUGUGUUCUUUUUUGCAUUAGCCACUGUUUCAUUAAUUGCUAUCACCAGUGCCUGAGUACCUGGUACAUAGAAGGCACUCAAUACCCUUUUUAAAAAAUAAAUGAAUGAAUGGACAAAUGAGCACUUGAGAAAGUCUCACACCAUGAAAGGUCGUAGUCCAAUGAGCUGAAUACAGGGAUAAUAUAAAUACCUUCCAACAAUUGCUUUUCUGUUCUCAAGCUGCCCUCCUGGGGUAGGAGCACAGUCAUAGGACAGACACACCAUAGUAACAGUUAUAAUGUCCUGGGAGGGGGGACGGAAUAUGCCUACCAAAGGGACUCUUCUUUUGCCAGUAACCUCAGUUCUAUCUGUUCUUCAUAGGACACUAGAAACCAACCCCACCAAGUAAUAUGAAUAGGUGCUGGCAUAGCCAUCCUUCAAUUCAGUAGCUGUAUUUUCUGGUCGCUACUAACUUGGAUUGUAUUAAAUAGGAUGAUUGGAAGGAAAUGGUGCUGGAACUAAUGAUGCCUAUUACCAACCUAUACCGUCUCCUGGGUUGGCAGACAGCCGGCCGAAAUGCCGUUACUUCUCACUACCAAUCCUGUGGCAGAUUUAUGAACUAACUGAGCCCACAUGUUCCUUCUGGAUCCUCCUAAUUCCAGCACUGUAGGUAGCUAUUAAGACUGUAAGGUUGGAGGCAUCACUAGGUGAGCCUCUUUGCUCCUCCUGCAGUCCUCCCAGCAGCUGGCCCAGAUUUUGGCUCCUUGAUUGCUGUGUACAGCAUGCAUGUUUGGCACUCGGUAUUUAAAAGGAGUUUUAAAGAUUGAUUUUCUGUAACACUUUUAUCUGAGAUUUUAUCCAUAAUAGAAUGCAUCUCAUUAGAUUUUCUGUACCAGACUGAACAGAUUCAUAUGUUGUCAUUAGCAGUAUUAAUGUUAUUUCUUUCUGAAUUUGUUUUUUUAAAGAAGGGUUUUGUUUAUUUAAUUGUUUUUCUUUGUAACGUCACAAUUGUUCCACAUAUGGGGCAACAAAAAAUUAAAUUUAUCUUUCAGAAUGUGUCAGCCAUGAGUGUGGGGUUUCCAUUUGUGUCAUGAAAAGUUUCUGGAACUAGAUAGAAGCAAUGGUUGCACAACAUCCUGAAUGUACUUAAGACUCUGGAUUGUACACUUUAAAAUGGUUAAAAUGAUAAAUUUUAAGUUAUGUA